GGCGCCUCCUGGAGCCGCAAGGCGGCUCAACUCGGGUUGAUGGCGCUGUCAGCGGCGGAGCAGGCUGCCGUGCGCGCGCUGUGGAGGAAGCUAGGCGACAAUGUGGACGUCUACACGACGGAGGCCCUGGAGAGGACCUUCUUCGUCUUCUCCUCCACCAAGACCUACUUCCCCCACUUCGACCUAAGCCCGGGUUCAGCCCAGGUCAAGGCCCACAGCAAGAAGGUGGCAGACGUGCUGACCCACGCCGUCCACCACCUGGACGACCUGCCCAGGGCGCUGUCCGCGCUGAGCGACCUGCACGCGCACAAGUUGAGGGUGGAUCCAGUCAACUUCAAGCUCCUUGGCCACUGCCUGCUGGUAACCCUGGCCCGGCACUACCCGGGAGACUUCAGUGCCACCAUGCAGGCCUCGCUGGACAAGUUUCUGAGCCACGUGAUCUCCGCGCUGGUCUCCAAGUACCGCUGAAAGGGAGGGGGCGAGGGGGCAGGGUCCUGGGCCUCCCAGCAGCCCAACCGCGUGACUCAUGUUUGAGUAAAGUCCCCAAGGCCCCAGGCUGCCUGGAGUGGUGUUCUCUGGAGGGGGCGUGGGGGUGGAGUCCCGGGAAGGGGGUGCAGCCCAAUUCCAUGUCUUGAAGUUUCACCCGACUGUGUGUCCUUGGCCGCAGCCCCUCGGGGCGCAGACCAGGUGGCCCCUCGGGAGCAGGGAGGGGGGUAGGGGGUAAUAGGUCCCUACACCUGCGGCUGGGCAGCUGUUGUCCUGGCCCCGCCACUCUUAGGGGUCUCCUCUGGGAUCCUGGUCCCUCACCCGCCUGGGGCGGAGCGUGGGGGUGCAAGACUGGUGGGGCAGGUAGGUGGAGGGACCAGGAAACGCAUGCGGUCUCAGCCUCUGAGAAAAUAGGGAAUGGCACCCCCUGCUGGUGCGGGCUGCGGAACGCUGCCCUCGGCCACAUGCCCUCGCAGAGGGCUGAACCCCACAAUAGUACACAGCUGCCCUGUGUAUUGGUGUAUUGGUAUUAGUGGUUUUGUGGUUGGAAAGGCUUGAGGGGAAAGCCUCUCAUUGCAGGACUCUGGUGGAAGAAGCAGGUCCAACUCCAGCACUCUGUCCGUCUAAGGACAGGGAGGCCAAAGGUUCUCUUAUUCUUUUCUGUAUUUUUCCUCUUAAAAUCAUGAUCCAUGCAGGGACUUAUAAC